AAAAUGCCUCGAUCAUCCGUCCUCCUCUGCUCCCACCUUCUUUUUUAUCGACACAAUACGCGCAGAUCUCUAACUCAAAGCCUCAAACAAUCCACAAGUGAGGUCCCCAUUGUCACCUAAACCACCAAUUACUUCAACCAAUCAUCAUGGGUCUCGGAGAAGAUAUCAAAGAGUUCGGAGAGGGUGAAAUGCAACAGCAGGGUGGAAACAACGGAAAUGAUAGCGGCAACAAUUUCAGCAAUGGCAUAAGCGAUAGCACCAAAGAUACCAUGGCAGACUCCGCCGUCGACUCAUUUGCGAGCAAGGAGGGAGUACCUUCCCAAUUGGACUCGGGAAUUAACAACGUUGUCAAUGAUGAGGUCAACAAGUUCUAGACAUUUAUGGUUGUUCUUAUGAUUAAUGUUGACUGAGCGUGGAUAUGGGCUGGAGCUUUAGUUUGGAUUGUGUACUAUUACCACUCUUGUUAAAUUUUAAAUCAUUUCAGUUUCACAAAGUCACUUCUAUUUUGUUUUACAC